GGUAAAGGUUGGCGCAGCCGAUGCAGCCAAUGGGAGUGCGCUGCUGGUGGGCAGAGAGAAGAUGGAAGCGGCGUUGCGCAGCGCCCGGGCGGCGUUGGAGCUGCGUGGGAGCAAUGCCCUAGGAGUACACGUCGUCAUGGGAAAUGAAACUUGUGACCUGGACUCCAUGGUCUCGGCCAUUGCAUUUGCCUACUUCCUAACCAAGACAUCAUUGGAACCAAAGACUGUCAUUGUGCCCAUCUUAAAUAUCCCACGAUCGGAGUUUCCUUUACGUGGUGAGUGCACCUUCCUCCUCCGGGAAAGCCAGUUUUCCGAAGACCUGCUGACGUUUCGAGAUGAGAUUGAUCUGCACGGACUGCACAGUGAGGGACGACUGACGCUGACACUGGUUGACCACAAUGUUCUACCCAGAGGCGAUGCAGUCCUGGAGAAUGCGGUGACAGAAGUGAUUGAUCACCGCCCCCUAGAGCGAGCCUGUAGCUCUGGCUGCAUAGUAACCUCUGAGCCCGUGGGCUCCUGCACAACCCUGGUGACGGAGCGCAUUGUCCAAAGAGCACCUGACAUUCUGGAUAAGCAGCUCGCUUUUUUACUGCGCAGUACUAUUGUGCUGGACUGCAUCAACAUGGCUCCAGCGGCAGGCAAAGUCACUCCGAAGGACUCUGAGUACGUUGCUCAGUUGGAAUCCAGGUUUCACCAUCUCCCACCCAGAGCCACUAUCUUUGAUGCACUACAAAAAGCCAAGUUUGACGUCAGUGGGUUGACCACUGAGCAGAUGCUGAGGAAGGAUUUGAAGGUUGUGUUUGGCGGAGACCUUCGCUUGGCCAUCAGUGCUGUCUACUUGACACUUGAGGACUUUCUGGCUCGUCCCUGUGUGAAGAAGGAAUUGGAGGAAUUCUGUCAGAUGAAAGGCUGUGAUGUUCUGGUUACCAUGACCAUAUCUUUCAAUGAGGAGAAGGAGCCUUCCCGCCAGUUGGCCAUCUACAGCCCUUGCAGCCAUUUGAGGGAGCUGGUGAGCUGUGUAUUGGAGAAGUCCGAGGCCCCAUCACUACAGCUGUUGCCAAUGUAUAGCCCCUCAUCUGAGAUCAGUGCCUACUUCCAGGGCAACAGGCUGGCUUCUCGCAAGAAGGUGCUUCCCAUCAUUGAGCGUUGGCUAAAGGCCUGGGAGACAGAGGGAGCAAUGGGCAUGCACGAGUGCAGAGGUUGGGGCAACGGCAGCGAUGCCAGCCGCACAGAGGACACCUGCCAGGAUGAAGACUUGCCACUGCCUCCAACACCCAUGAACAGCCUGGUGGAGGGUUGCCCACUGGAUAGUGGCUUGCCCAAUCUGACACCCGAGGCCAUUCUGGAGAAGUUCAACCAGAUACCUGCUGGAGAGCUGGCAGAUACAGACUGCUCUGACUGCCAUUAGCCAGGGAUUGGCAUGAUUUUGAUUUUAUUUUGAAACAAUAGGUGGGAGAAGCCAUUUGAACUUCUUGUUAUGACUGACCCUUGCCAGUGCUUCUGGUGAGUAGGGCAAUAGGAAUGUGGGCUUUAAUCAGCUGUAGAGGGUGAGUCAGCAGGUCCUUUGCAAGGAGCCCCAUCCACAACUGUUGACAGAUGAAUUUUCUGAGAUUGGAUCCAGGAUCAAUCUUUGUUCUUCCACAUAAUCUGACAACUCACACACAUCUUAACAACAUGAGAAUCCAUUUAACUCCAUGACUUGCUAUUCAAUGCAGUUGGGGGUGAUCUGCACUCCAAACUCCUUAUAACCUCUCUCUUUUAACCGAAGUAUCAAUCUCAGAAUUAGAAUUAAUAACUGACUGCAUCAGUUUUCAUUAACAGACCAAAUCCAAAUUUCCAGCAUGAUUUGUGUGCGGAAAUGUUUCCAAGUGUCACUUAAGUACUUAGUCCUAAUUUUUACAAUAUACUCCAAACCAGCAAAGAUGGUGUUUACUACUUUGUCAAUUCCUCUUUAACAUCAAAUACACCAAUAAAAUUGCCCAAUCUUCUAGAUCACACUAUGAUAUCUUGAGUAACCUCUUCCUGCAGAUGAGCUAUUCUGAUCAACUGAGUGCUCACACCUUCACUGGUCUGGGCACUCCCCGUCACUGGAACAAGAGGCCGUGCUUUGAUUGGCUGCAGGAUUUCAUUUGAUGCCUAUAUUUUCCUAUGAGGAUGGUGAGGAGAGGUGUGUAUUCACCUUUUGAUGAUGUAGUUUUUCUGGAGUUUGGGGAAAUUGGGUGCAUGCAUGAAAGGGCAGAAGGCACUGUGCCGUGUAUAGUCAGGUUUCCCUUUCCCCGUUUUGUCUGGCUCGCUGGACAGGUGUGUAAUGUUUUCCUCCUUUCCCCACGGCUCCAGUAAAAUAAGCCUUCCUUUCCAUAUUGCACUGAGAGGCAAGGGCUUAAGUAGGCUUGAAUGAUCUCCCAGUGCAGUACCCACACCAGCUGGCACAGGCCUUGAACAAUCGUCCUGAGAGAGACGUAGAUCAUUACUCAGUGAGCACUCCCAGGCUAAGAGGAAGCACCUCCUGAUGCACUCUGCUGAAGUCUUGGAAAUGGCUGCUUAAAUUGCCAAGGCUGCAUUCUAUAAGUGGGGAUAUGUGGAGAGCAAGUAUCUGAACCCAUACAUACAACAGAGUACCAUAGUAAACCUGUUACAUAUGAGGAGGCCAUUCGAUACGACAGUGUUUUUUAAAAAAAAUUACACCGGGAACAGAUUAAAAAUCAAGUCUUCCAUUUCAUUUCACAAUAUCAAAGGUGCCUUUUUAAACUUUUUAAUAAAGAAACUUGCAUUCUUCCUAAUGACUGGGAUAAAUUUACAAGCAGCCACUGAUCACUGAUCUAGAGGCUAAGUCUGACUCUUUCCUAUUUUCAGGAGAUUCCCUUUUCAAUCUCCCCUUUGUUAUUGAAAUAAUAAAGCACGAAAACUUCUGGGGGUGAAUACUUUUUAUCGGCAUUGAAUACUUAAAGGCAGAGGUUGAUAGAUUCUUGAUUGGAACGGGGAGAAGGCAAGAGACUGGGGCAGAGGAAAAUUGGAUCAGCCAUGGUGAAAUAGUGGCGCAGACUAUGAGCCAAAUAGCUUCAUUCUGCUCUUGUAUCUUAUGAUCUCUGCAAUUCCCUUCACUGUUCAUCCCUCCCCACUAAUCCCCCUCCCUGCAAGCGGCCAAAGUGCUAAAGCCCAUUCACCUCCUCCCUCACCUCCAUUCAGGUCCCCAAACAAUUCUUCCAGGUGAAGCAACACUUCAUCUGCCAAUCUGCUGGGAUAGUCUAUUCUAUCCGGUGCUCCCAAUGUGACCUCUACAUUAGUGAGACCAGUUGUAAAUUGGGGGACCACUUUGUUGAGCACCUCCGCCAAAACUGGAACUUCCCAGUGGCCCAACGUUUUAAUUCUGAAUCCCUUUCCGACAUGUCAGUCCAUGGUCUCAUCUUGUGCCACGAUGAGGCCACCCCCUAGGGUGGGGAUGCAACACCUUGUAUUCCAUCUGGCUAGACUGCCAGCUGAUGGCAUGAUCAUCAAUUUCUCUGUUCAGUAAACAUAUUCCCUCCCCCUCCCUCUUCUAUUCACCACUCCAGCCUCUUGCCUCUUCUCACCUGCCAAUUUACCCCCCCCCCCGCCCCCCUCCGUGCCCUUUCUUCCGUUUCUCCUGUGGUCCACACACCUCGCGUAUCAGAUUCCUCCUCCUCUAGCACUUAACCUUUGCCACCCACAGGGUUUCACUUAUCACCUUUUAGCUAUCUUUCCUCCCAUUCCACAACCCCCCCCCACCUUUUUAUUCUGGUGUUUUCCCCCUUCCUUUCCAGAGUGUCAGCCUGAAACAUUGACUGUUUAUUCCUCUCCCCGUAGAUGCUGCCUGAUCUGAGUUCCUCCAGCAUUUUGUGUGUGUUGGUUUGGAUUUCCAGUUACCUGCAGAAUUUCUUGUGUUUGGAUUUGGGUACUUGUUUCAAUAUUUUAAAACAGUGUCGACGCUUCUGAAGUUCUUUGUCACUGUAGAGCAUCUUAAAGGUGCUAUUCGCUCUUGGAUUUGUUCAUAUCUGUCUUUUGCAAAAGAUCCUUAGUCCUUACUGUGACCAGUAAUGGGCAGUCAUGGGGGUAACCAGGACCAGUAAUAGGUGAACCUGGGCAAUAUUCCCUCUAUAUGGUGUGCACUACUAGCAAAUUUUAAACUGUGUUUGAGAGGUUGACACCUCUACCUCAUUGCCAUGUUAAGUAUAUUUCAUGAUUGUAAACAAUCACAUUUUCUUUUCUGGUUUCUGAUGUGAACAAUGUUGACAACGUGGAGUUGGAGAUGAUCUGUCACAGAAUUUAGAACUGACCUAUUUAUACUGUUCUUAUUGAAGAAGUUACUGAUUCACUACGUCAAAUUCUGAAGAAGCAAAGGGCCUGGAGCACAAAGGAACUGCUAGUUCAUUUAAAGCGGAAUGACUUAAUGAAACAGUAGAAACUGAUCUGCUAAUAGCUCAUGAGGUUAGGAACGUGCAGCUACAAGAAAUAUUUGUACAAUGCAGAAACUGGUAUCCCCUGCGUGUAUUAUUGUGAUGCAAAAGUUGCUGGACAAUUUGCAAGUGGGAAGUGGAGUGAUAUUUAGAAACUUGACUUUAAAGCAUCAUUUAGCAGGCAAAUCACAUAUGGACAGUGUGCAAAAGCUCUGGCAAGAAAAUCCUUCAUUACCCACUACAGGCCUGCUACCUGUGUUUUGUGAGUGUAGAUGAACAAGAGUGAAAACAAUCAAACCCUGAGGAGAUCAAAGUUCUUGUUGACAGUGAUUUGCUAGCUGUUAAAAUGUAUACCACUCUAUAUAAAAUUCAGUAUGCACAUGUUGUUGUCACUGGGCAAAAAAAUUGCACAGCACAAGAUCUUUGCGCAUGCUGUUCAUUACAAAUUAGAAGGAAUAUUGGCCACAGGUGUAACUGACCAGUAAUGGGUGGUCACGGGGAUAACUGGCCAGUAAUUUUACAAGGGAGAAAUCUGAGACCCCAACUGAACCGUUCACUGAUUUUCGACAAAUUUAUCAAAUCACAGCUUUUGUGAGGCAUGGAAACCAUGACAGAAUGCAAAUACCUAACAGCAUCUACGGGCUCGCAUUUACAGAAUACCUUCCUCAGCCAUGGACUGGCCUGUAAAUUCAACCCCCCUUUACUGUCAUUUUCAGCAGAGGUACUUGGAGCUUUAAAUAAAAAUUCUGGGUUACUGACUACACAGAAAUAACAAGGCAGAGAGUGUUGCUGUCUGAUGCAUGGUAUCCACAGUGGGCUAGGUGUUCAGUGCCUCUCAUAAAUCAAUCUUCACAGGUUCUUCAGAGCUUGUCACUCAUGCAAAUAGCUGGCUGUCACCUGGAUUUGUGGUGCAGCCAGUCUGGUGGUUGAAGGACUGUGAUUACCCCCCCCCCUCCCCACCCCAGUUGUUAACUCAAUGGGUGCCUCUUUUUUUCAGAGCUGCAAGGUGUUGGUUGAGAUGUUGAACCAAGGCCCCAUCUCCCCUCUUGUGGAGUGACAGAAUCCCAUACGCAGUUUUGUAGAAGUCAAACAGCUCCAGGAGCUGCAGAUACUGGAGUUUGAAAUAGUUAGAAAAAGCUGGAACAAUUUCAGCUAGUCAGGCAAUGCUGGAGGGUUGGGGGUGGUGAAAUAAGUUGACAUUCUGCCUGACCCCAAAAUGUUAACAGAUUUCUCUUCCCACAGAUCCUGCAAGAUUGGCUGAGUUCCAGUAGUAUUCUGGUUUUGUUAGCCAAGUAACUGCUCAAUACUUCUUGCCUCUAAGCUAAAUCUGGUCCUUACUAUUUGAGCUACCCAACCAGUACACAAAAUGCCUGCUGAUUUAUCAGACCUCAGGUGUAGUCACCUUUUCGGGAGCUGUGGGAUGUGCCAAGGAUGUAAAAAGCAGAAAUAUUAUGUCUACUGUCCCUCCACUUCACCUUGAAAUGCCUGUGAUUGCUGCAUAAUCACGAUGAAACAGUGAUGACUAAUUCAAUAAAGGAACAUACCAGAGAUUGUCUUGUUAAUUAUUAAUCAUAACUGUGUUCCUGCAAACUAAUUCUGUUUAUAAACAAAUUCUGUAUCAUCUUAUUAUGCACGAUAAAGUCUUGAAGUGCUGGACUUGCCUUGCUCUCGUCUGAAUCUGUCUGUUCUUUCCAACAUAAGUGAUAUUAAGGCAGUGAAUCUCUAUUUUAAAAUGUAUCAACAGACUAUUUGAGGACAGGGUGUGGAUUGUAUUGCCUCUUGCUGAGAUAUGUUUGCCUGAAUUCCUUGAAGCCAGUGGAAGUCGAGAGAAUGAGAAUCUGGUUUAAUAUCACUGAUGUGUAUCCUGAAAUUUGUUAUGCAGCAGUAGUACAUUGAAAUACACAGCAAUAAAAAAGCUACAAUUACAAUAAGUAU